AUGAAACUGGCCACACCUCGAAAGGCUGUCGAAUCUUUUCAGUGAAUUGAUGGAAGAUGGAAAGCCGCAUGAGCAAUACAUUCCGGAAGCUGUGAUAUGCGAUGAAAAGGAACUGUUUAAGGGCAUCGUCUGUGGGAACGCUUUAACAAUUUUGAUAAAGUUGUCCUUCAGAUUACAGGAAAAGAUGUACCUCAAUACAUAACAUCAUUCAAAGAAGCCGGCCUGCGCCAACUACUACUUCAAAACAUUAAAAAUUCUGGCUACAGAAACCCAACACCUGUUCAGAAAGCUUCAUUUGCAGGCGGCACACUUGGUACCGGUUUUGAACAUAUUGUUAGAACAAGGUGUUGCUGGUGCGUCUCAUGCCAUGGGGCAAAAGCCAGAAGUUGUAAUUGUCGCACCCACUCGUGAAUUGGACUUUCAAUGUAAAUUCUCCUAUAGUUCGGCUUUAAAGUCUGUGAUGAUAUAUGGAGGAACUGUCACGAGCCAUCAGCGGUCAAAUCUUCAAGCUGUGUGCAAUAUUCUUGUCGCGACCACGAGUCGAUUCAAGGAUUUUCUCGACCGUGGAGUAUUUGACUUCUCGGGGCUCAGGUUUUAAAUUUUGGACGAAGCUGAUCGAAUGCUUGAUAUGGGUUUCGGCCUUAAUGUUGAAAAAAUUGCCAACCAUCCAACGAUGCAUCCAAAAGGAAUCCGUCGUGUUUGUACGUUUUCGGCUACAUUCCCAGAUGAAGUUCAAGCGCUGGCUGCGACGUACAUGGAAGACUACAUAUUCGUCACAACAGGCAUUGUCGGUGGCACCAAUUCGGAUGUUGAACAGCUGUUUUUUCAGUGCCCGAAAAGAGAUAAGAGAGCUAAACUGAUCGAAGUUUUACAAGAUCUCGGUGAUGCCAAGACCAUCUUUUUUGUCGACAGCAAAAAGACCGCGGAUUUCGUCACUGCAUUAUUGUGCAAUAACAACUUACAACCUACCAGCAUCCAUGCCGAUCAUCUUCAGAGUCAGCGUGAGCAAGCGCUUCGUGACGUCAAAAAUGGUAUUAGGAAUAUUCCCGUGGCCACUAAUGUUGCUGCCCGUGCUUUAGAUAUUGCCGAGGUCAACUAUGUCUUAAAUUAUGACUUGCCAACUGAUAUUGAAGAGUAUGUUCAUCGUGUUGGUCGAACGGGCCGCGUGGGAAAUGUUGGGAAAUCAAUAAGGUUCUUUGACGAAGAAAGAGAUGGCCCUAACGCUGGAAAGUUUGUGUCUUUGUUAAUUAAGCCAAACGCCAAUGCACCGCUAUUCAUGCAAGCGAUGGUCUCAGGCGUGACUGGAAUGGGUUACAACUUUAGCGCCCCCUCGACUCAAGGGGGUUUUGCUAGUCGAAAUAUUCGCCGAUUCGAAACCUGGAUUUGCUGCCUUGCCCAUUGAAGUUGAAGAGAGUUGGGUUUAACUCAAUGUCGUUCACUUGGUUGGCUUAUUUUGGAGUAAUCGAAAACUAAAAUUCGUAUCCAAGAACAUAUUGAAACUUGCGAACUUGCAAUGUCUGUUUGAAAAUUUGAUUACGUGUUUAU